AUGUCUCACGAUAGUGGUAAGAGCAUUGCCGAAGAUGAUACAAAAUUGGCUGAUUCGAAAAUGUUUUUGGAGGCCAUGAUGAGUGAGAUGAGGCGUGUGAUGAAGAUGGAGAUGGCGCAGGUUCACGAAUGGAUAGAUCAAAUGGAGAAUAGACGUGAGGAGCAACCACAAAACGGUCGUAAUUUGCGUAGAAGGGAAAGAGUUCCACCGAGGGAGGAGGAUGAAGAGCGUUAUGGGUCUGGUUUUUAUGAAGAAGAAGAUUGGGAUUCCAUUGUUAGCAAUAGGAGACCUGGAGGAAGAUUUAGAGAAGCUAGGAAUUGCAAAGAUAACAACUUGGGUGGUAUUAAGAUGAAGAUUCUGUCCUUUCAAGGUAGGUUUGAUCUUGAGGCAUAUCUUGAGUGGGAGAAGAAGAUGGAGUUCGUGUUUGAUUGCCACAAUUACUCUGAGACAAAGAAGGUAAAAUUAGUCGUGAUUGAAUUUUCUGAAUAUGCUAUUACUUGGUGGGAUCAGCUUGUGAUAAACAGGAGGCGGAAUAGAGAACACCCAAUAGACACAUGGGAGGAGAUGAAAGUAGUGAUGAGAUGA